GAUUUCAUACGCAGCAGAAAACAGCCAUACGACACGCUUCUCACGUUGGUCUUUCUGGCGACGAAGCCAUGCUCGAGCUCGGCAAACAGAUUAUAUGCAUUCAACGCUCCCCAGAAAAGCUCUUGUUGCCCUUUGUCUUUCUUUCCCUCCUCGUAUCGUCAAUAAACCCCUUCCUCUUAUUAUCUCUAUUGUUUAUGCUCCUUCUGCUCCAUGUUGUGUUAAAUUUAUCUUAGAAGUUAGAGCAAGAGAGGAAAUUCCGAUUGGGUGAGAGAGGUAUAUGGGAAGUGGAAAGUGCUCUCUCUCUUUUAUCAUUUUUCCUCCCAUGAGUCCGUGAUAAUUAGCUGAUCGGUCCAAUAAAUUCCUAUACAGAUUUGUACUGGUAUCUGUCGCACUUGCUCAAGCUGUUGCUUCAAACAAAAUAGGGAAGAAAUCCCAAAUCAAAAAAGAAAAAGAAAAAGAAGGUAAGACACGAAAUUGUUUCGUAUCCAUAGUGGACGAUGUCGGUACAAAAAGAACCGGAGCAGGUUAUGAAGCAGAGAGUGGGAUCUGUUUUGGGCAAGAAAACAAUACUUAAGAGUGACCACUUCCCUGGCUGUCAAAACAAACGAUUAACUCCACAAAUCGAUGGUGCUCCCAAUUACAGACAGGCCGACUCAUUACGUGUUCAUGGUGUUGCAAUACCUACUGUUGAUGGUAUCCGAAAUGUACUUAAUCAUAUUGGGGCACAACAAAAAGGGAAACAAACGCGAGUGCUUUGGCAUAACCUUCGAGAAGAACCGGUGGUGUACAUUAAUGGUCGUCCAUUUGUUCUGCGUGAUGUGGAGAGGCCCUUUUCCAAUCUUGAGUAUACGGGAAUCAAUAGGGCUAGAGUUGAACAAAUGGAAGCUCGAUUGAAGGAUGACAUACUGUUGGAAGCCGCACGAUAUGGAAAUAAGAUCCUUGUAACUGAUGAACUGCCAGAUGGUCAGAUGGUGGACCAAUGGGAACCAGUGACACAUGAUUCGGUGAAGACACCUUUAGAGGUUUAUGAGGAACUGCAAGUAGAUGGAUACCUUGUUAACUAUGAACGUGUUCCUAUUACUGACGAAAAAUCACCAAAGGAGCAGGAUUUUGAUAUUCUGGUUCAUAGGAUUUUGCAAACAGAUAUAAACACGGAGAUAGUCUUUAAUUGUCAAAUGGGGCGGGGACGAACUACCACAGGGAUGGUGAUUGCUACAUUGGUUUACUUUAACCGAAUUGGAGCAUCUGGUAUUCCAAGGACAAAUUCAAUCGGAAAAGUUUUUGAUGCUGGAUCCAAUGUCACUGAUAAUUUACCUAAUUCAGAGGAGGCCAUUCGCCGAGGAGAAUAUGCUGUCAUAAGAAGCCUGAUUCGGGUCUUGGAGGGUGGUGUAGAAGGGAAAAGGCAAGUGGAUAAAGUCAUUGACAGAUGUGCGUCCAUGCAGAAUCUACGAGAGGCAAUUGCUACGUAUCGGAGUAGUAUUCUACGGCAGCCAGAUGAAAUGAAGAGAGAAGCAUCACUUUCCUUUUUUGUGGAAUACUUGGAAAGAUACUACUUCCUCAUUUGUUUUGCAGUAUAUAUCCAUACAGAGAGAGCAGCUCUCCUUUCCAGUUCAUCUAGUCAAAGCAGUUUUGCUUACUGGAUGAGAGCAAGGCCAGAGCUCUACAGCAUACUUCGCAGGUUGCUUAGGAGAGACCCAAUGGGUGCACUUGGUUAUUCAAGCUUGAAACCUUCUUUGAUGAAAAUUGCUGAAUCUGCUGAUGGUCGCCCUUCUGAGAUGGGUGUAGUUGCCGCCCUAAGAAAUGGAGAGGUUCUUGGGAGUCAAACUGUUCUAAAAAGUGAUCACUGUCCUGGUUGCCAAAACCUAAGUUUACUUGAGAGAGUGGAGGGUGCACCUAAUUUCAGAGAAGUUCCUGGCUUUCCAGUUUAUGGUGUUGCCAACCCAACCAUCGAUGGUAUUCGAGCUGUUAUUCAGAGGGUUGGUAGCGUUAAGGAUGGUCGACCAAUUUUUUGGCACAAUAUGAGAGAAGAGCCGGUUAUCUACAUCAAUGGCAAACCAUUUGUACUUCGUGAGGUGGAAAGGCCAUACAAAAAUAUGCUGGAGUAUACGGGAAUAGAUCGUGAAAGAGUGGAGAGGAUGGAGGCUCGGUUGAAAGAAGAUAUCCUUAGGGAAUCUGAACGCUAUGGGGGUGCUAUAAUGGUAAUUCAUGAAACAAAUGAUGGGCAAAUAUUUGAUGCUUGGGAACAUGUGAACUGUGGAUCGAUUCAGACUCCUCUGGAGGUUUACAGAUGCUUGGAAGCUGAGGGUCUCCCCAUCAAGUAUGCACGUGUGCCCAUAACUGAUGGUAAAGCUCCCAAAAGUUCUGACUUCGACACAUUAGCAUUGAAUAUUGCGUCUGCUACCAAAGAUACUGCCUUUGUUUUCAAUUGCCAGAUGGGAAGAGGGAGGACAACUACGGGUACUGUGAUUGCUUGCCUUCUCAGACUUAGAAUUGAUUAUGGGAGACCUAUUAGAAUGCAGCCUUUGGCUGCAGCUUAUGAAGAUGUAGACAGUGGUUCCUCAAGUGGGGAGGAAGCUGGACAUAAUAGCACUGCAUCUGCAUCAAAUAUUAUAACAACAACAAAUGAGAAAGAUCCCAAUCGUGCAUUUGGCAUAAAUGACAUACUAUUGUUGAGGAAGAUAACAAGAUUGUUUGAUAAUGGAGUGGAAUGCCGGGAGGCACUGGAUGCAAUUAUUGAUAGAUGUUCAGCUUUGCAAAACAUUCGGCAAGCAGUUCUGCAUUACAGAAAAGUAUUCAAUCAACAACAUGUAGAACCACGGGUAAGGAGGGUUGCAUUAAACCGUGGUGCUGAGUACUUGGAGCGUUACUUCCGGCUGAUUGCUUUUGCAGCAUAUCUUGGAAGUGAUGCAUUUGAUCGUUUCUGUGGACAAGGAGAUUCCAGGAUGACCUUUAAGACUUGGUUGCAUCAGAGACCAGAGGUCCAGGCACUGAAAUGGAGCAUUAGAUUAAGACCUGGGAGAUUCUUCACUGCCCCUGAAGAACUGAGAGCACCACAUGAAUCUCAGCAUUGCGAUGCAGUGAUGGAAGCUACAGUCAAGGAUCGUAAUGGUUCUGUUCUGGGAAAAGGUUCCAUACUCAAAAUGUACUUCUUUCCCGGUCAGAGAACUUCCAGCCGCAUCCAAAUCCAUGGUGCACCACAUGUCUACAAGGUGGACGGAUACCCUGUCUAUAGCAUGGCAACUCCAACAAUUUCUGGUGCUAGAGAAAUGUUAACCUAUUUACGUGCCAAAUCAACUGCGGGUGAAAAGGUUGCUCAAAAAGUUAUAAUAACUGAUCUGAGAGAAGAAGCAGUUGUGUACAUAGAUGGCACCCCAUUUGUACUGAGGGAACUAAAUCAACCCAUUGAUACACUGAAGCAUGUGGGGAUAACUGGCUCAGUGGUGGAACACAUGGAGGCCCGGCUGAAAGAAGAUAUAUUAGCUGAGGUCACACGGUCUGGUGGUCGAAUGCUUUUACAUCGGGAAGAACAUUCUUUAACUUUAGAUCAAGCCAGUGUCAUUGGAUACUGGGAGAACAUUCUAGCAUACAAUGUAAAAACGCCUGCUGAAGUAUAUCGUGCUCUGGAAGACGAGGGGUUCAAUAUUGAAUACAGGAGGAUACCAUUUACAAGAGAAAGAGAAGCUGUAGCUUCUGAUGUUGAUGCAAUUCAGUACUGUAAAGAUGAAUCUGCAGGGUGUUAUCUUUUUGUAUCACACACAGGGUUUGGAGGGGUUGCUUAUGCAAUGGCUAUUAUUUGUCUUAGACUCAAUGAAGAGGGGUCGUUUGCAUCAGAGAUGUCAGAAUCAUUGGUUGGAACUCAAUGUCUAUCUUCAAUGGCAAAAGAGAACUUACAAACUUGGGCUUUUAAUGAAGCUCGUAAAGAGGGUGAUUACAGGGACAUACUAAACCUCACUAGGGUUUUAAUGUAUGGUCCCAAGAGCAAAGCAGAGGUUGAUCUUGUUAUAGAAAGGUGUGCAGGUGCUGGGAAUUUGCGAGAUGAUAUUCUUUACUACAGGCAGGAACUUGAGAAGUGCGCUGAUGGUGAUGACGAAAAGAGCAUGCCUCAUGGAUAUGGGUAUUAAAGCGUUAAGGCGGUACUUCUUCCUUAUCACUUUCAGGUCUUACCUUUAUUGCACUCCUGCAUGUGAGAUGGGAUUUCUGGCAUGGAUUGAGGCAAGGCCUGAACUGGGUCAUCUCUGCCAUAACUUGAGGAUCGACAAAUGACAGAUUUCCAAUCAUUUUGAGAAGGAUUGUGGGGAAUUAGUCUUUUCAAUAUUAUUAUUAUUGUAAAAUGUUAGAAUAAGUUGGCAUACCCGAAGUUAUGGUGAUUUUGUGUUGGAUGCAUGCUGAACUGUACAACAGGUGAAUGCACCAUAUUUUUUCGUACGAGGAAAGAAGCCAUCUGUGAAAGGGAAUCCAUUGCUUUUACAUGUAGCAUAUUCAACUGAAAGUAAAAAUUCAAA